UGCUCUCCCGCCUGAAGGCAUUCACUCUGAGCCAACAGGGUUCACUUCCUGUUUGCGUGCAUUUCUCGGAGUGGGAGGAGCUUACCUUUUGGCGGCAAGCUGGUGGAGAGCGGGCAAGGACUUCCAGACUCCAUCCAUAUCAAGUUUGGGGUAUCCAGGCCAGUGAGGCCAGAAAAGUCCACACUCCAUUCUUGUGGCCUCCUGUUGGCUGCCUGAAGCAACUCCUGUCCUGUCCACACUCCUCUUUCUGACCAUUCCCAACCAGAGUCAUGCCUCGACGCCAAAAUAAGCACAAAACCCAUGCAAAACGCCGUGAGAAGCAAAACGAAACUCGGAAGUCUGAGGCUACAGGAGAAGCAGCAGCUGCAGCACAGGAGUCCCCACCCGCCCCGCAGCGUGGGCCUGUUGCUCACUCGUGCAGCAGCUCCCAGGAGGAGCUGCAAGGUGCAGCAUCUGCCACUGCGACUCCUGCAGGUGGUUCUUCCUCUAAAUCUGAUAGCCCUACCACUAUCCAAAUGCAGGAGUGGGAAAACGUCUUCAGGACCCUUCUCCGCUCUGACAGCUCAGACAGAAACAUAAGCAUGAUGACCCUGUUGCUGGAGCAGUACAUGCUGUACAAGUUCAAGAUGAAAAAGCCCAUCCUGAAGGCCGACCUGCUGCAGAUUAUCGACCCCACCUAUGAAGACCGGUUUGAUGAGAUCCUUAAGAAAGCCUCUGAGCACAUCAGUGUAGUUUUUGCAGUUGAAGUGAAGGAAGCCGACUCGGACGUGCCGUCCUACAACCUGAUCAGCAAACUGAAACUGCCCAACAACGGGAGGGUGCGUCCUGGCAGGGGCUUACCCAAGACCGGCCUCGUGAUGGCUAUCCUGGGUAUGAUCUUCCUAAAGGGCAACCGAGCCUCUGAGGAAGACAUCUGGAAAUUGCUGAACGCGAUGGGAGUGUACGACGGUAGGAGGCACUUGGUCUACGGAGAACCCAGGAAGCUCAUCACCAAAGAUUUAGUGAGGCUGCAGUACCUGGAAUACCAGCAGGUGCCAGGCAGUGAUCCUGCAUGCUACGAGUUCCUGUGGGGUCCAAAGGCCCAUGCUGAAACCAGCAAGAUGAAAGUCCUGGUGUUUAUGGCCAAGCUCAAUGAUACCGUUCCUAGUGCCUUCGCACCCCAGUAUGAAGAGGCACUGAGAGAUGAGCAAGAGAGAGCCCGAAGCCAGCGUGCAGCUGGUGCAGCCUUCCAGUCCCCACGUCCAGCGUUUUCUUCCACCUGUUCCUAUCAUCCAAAGAAAUAAAAACCACAUGCAUAUAUGGUGUGAGGAGGGGAAUCUCCAUGUGAAAAGACUGUAUAGUAAAAUAAGUGGAUGAUUACAAUG